CCGCCAGUUCAGCUAUACCUACAACAACCAGUUCAACUAAACCAACAACAACCACCUGUUCAAGUUUACCUACAACAACCAGUUCAACUCAACCAACAACAACAUCAUCAACAACCUCUUGAACUAAACCAACAACAACACAUUGAACUAAACCAACAACCACUAGUUCAACUACAUCAACGACAACAACAACAACCUGCUCAACCAAAUCUUCAACAACGCAGAGUUCAACAUAACAACCAACAACAACGAUCAGUUGAACUUAACAAACAACAGCAACCAGCUAAACAAACCAAACAACAACCAGCUCAACUAACCCAGAAAAAACAACAACCAGUCCCACUAAAUCCCAAAAAACAACAACAGCCAGUUCAAUUAAAUAUUCAACAAAACCGAGUUCAACUAAACCAACAACAACGAAUUCAACUUAGGAAACAACAACCAAUUCAACCUAACAAACAAAAACAACCAGUUGAACCAAACAAACAACAGCCAGUUCAACUAAACAAACAACAACAACACCAAUCACUUCAACUAACCCAGAAACAACAACAACAACCAUUUGAACUAAACCAACAACAACCUGUUCAGCUUAACCAACAAAACCGAGUUCAACUAAACCAACAAAAACCAAUUCAACUUAACAAACAACAACCAAUUCAACUUAACAAACAAGAACAACCAGUUGAGCCAAACAAACAACAACCAGUUCAACUAAACAAACAACAACAACACCAAUCACUUCAACUAACUCAGAAACAACAACAACCAUUUGAACUAAACCAACAACAACCUGUUCAGCUUAACCAACAACAGGCAGUUCAACUAAACAAACAACAACAACAGCCUGUUCAGCUUAACCAACAAGCACCUUUUCAACUAAAUCAACAACAUAUUGUUCAACUAAACAAAUCACAUCAGGUUACGCUAAAUGAACAGCAAAAAGCAGAACAACCAGUUGAACUA